CGCCGAGGAGUUGGACGAGGUCCCACGUCCCCGUUUGAACGAGUCCAUCUCUCGCAAUGACCACAGGAUUGACCCUUCAGCACCUCUACACCCAGCAGUACGCGCAGCAGCAACCUCCUCCUACGUCUGCCACCCCUUUGACUUCCAUGUCGUCAUCGCACAAUCCGGCGGGCGGAAGCAACCUGUCCAUUCAUCACUCAGCGGGUCAAGUGCACCAACGACAAACGUCGCCCCACAACAACAACGCCGCCAUGCACAAACCAUUGCAAGGACAACACAUCCCCUCGCACCAUAAUAGCCACCACCACCACAUGCCCACUAACCAGGCCUCCCAACAUCACGGUGGCCACAACAGCGGUGACGACUUUGCCGCCGACCCGCUGCCGUUCAACUACGACGUCAUGGAAGCGACGUUUGACGACCGUUAUGGUGGGCGAAACAACAACGGAGGCAACGUUCGCACGCACGCCCCGCCGUCGUCCAACGACAAGCCGCACCACCUCCCUUCGCAACAUCCGCAGCAACAGCAGCAUCCCAGUCGAUACGGCAGUCUCGGUAUGCAGCACCAGCAACCCCAACAACAACAACAACCGUACCAUGACUCGUACAACGAAUCUGCCCCAACCAGUCAUCAUCAGUACGACGUCCGCCGGUCCGAACCUCACAACGUACCCAUGAACGAUCGGCCGUCGAACAAAACGGACUCUUAUCAUUUCAUGUCCCAACAUGCUUCGCACCCCAACGACCACGACGCCUCCGCCCGCCCUCCGUCGUCGCUGCAUUACUCGAUCCCAGACUUGCACUCCAACAUGAGCAGCGGCCACAACGGCAACAACAACCUGCAGGCGCUGUACCACCAGUCGACCCCUGGGUACUCGACCAACGCUUCGCUUCCACCGUCGUCGGCGCAGCAUUCGCCGUACUCGACCCUCAUGGAGUCGCAUCAAUCGAGCAUCAACAACAGCAAGAAGGAGAUGCCGCCCACGUACCACGGCGACUACUUGGACGCUCGCCCGAGCCAUGCGCCAUCAUCCAGUCACAUGUCGACGUCGUUGGCGUCGGCGCAGUCACCGCAGGAAGCCGUGAUCAAGGUGAAGACGUCGCUCAAGAACAAGUACUGGCGCAACGGCCGUCGCAACCUGCAGUGUUUUCCAUCUUGCAAAGUGUUUGGCGAUUACUCCCAGAUCAAGAUUGAAGACCUCAAGCAACACGACUUUAUGUGGGGCAAGUGCCGCGGCAGUUUGAUUGCAGAAGUCACGCUCAACUCGAACGCGACCUUUGACGACAUCCUGCUCCUCGGGCGUGUCCACUCGCUAGAGAACAUUCCCGUGCCGUUUGACGAAGCCGUGAUCCGCGAGUGCAUGAUCGGCCGCGUGGUCGAGCCGGACGUGAUGGACGAGAUGAAGGAGCAGUGGAUCCAGGGCGAGCGGCUUCCCGACUUUAUCAAUCCCAGCCAGAGCGUCACGUGCUACGAAUUCAAGCCCAAGGUGUGGAAGUACACGGACGACAUGGUCCACGGCAAGUGCAAGCGCCGCAACGUGCGCUACUACGUGCAGUUUGAAGCGUUUGUGCCCGUGCUGUCGGGGGACCGCCGGUGCUUUGUGUGCAUUGGGUCGGGCAUGUCGUCGUCGUUCGAAGUCGGGUCGUCCCGCGUCCUCGCGCGCCAAAAGCGCAAGUCGAAAACUGGCGGCGACGAGGACGAGGACGAGAAGGACUCGAACGAAGAAUAUGACCAGAACGAUGCGGGCAACAGCCGUCGACCUGCAAAGCGAGCCACCAACCCCGCCAAUGGGUACCCCAUCUAGGGAGUGAACUGGACAAGCACGUAGCUAGCUAGGAUUGCGGAGGCUGUCAGUAUGUCGUAAUAGUGUGUCUGUUGUGAUAAUGUGGGUUGCUGUUUGAAAUUCUUGCCUGUGAUUGGU